AUGGAGCUGGGCUGGUGGCCGGCCCUGCUGGCCCUGCUGGCCCUGCUGCUGGGGCUGGGCGGGGGCUCCCGGGCACAGGAGCAGCUCCCCCGAGAGUCCCAUAACCUCAACUGGAGCAAGUUCUCGGGCUUCUGGUACAUCCUGGCCGUCGCCUCAGAUGCCCAAGGGAUGCUGCCGCGCGGAGGCCAGAGGAAGCUGGGCGCAUCCGUAGUGCAGGUUCAGGAGGUGGGCCAGCUGAAGGUGGUGCUCACCUUGAACCGGUCCCGGGGGUGCCAGACACACUCGCUAAUCCUGCGGAGAGACAGGAAGAAGGCGGUGUUCAGGAACACCUUGAGGGGCGUGGAGGGCUUCCGCGUGAUGGUCCCCGACUACAGCGCCAGCGUGGUCUACCUGCGCCUGGGCCGGGCUGGCCGGACCACCAGGACCCUGCUCCUCAUCAGCAGACAGCCCACGUGCAGCUUCCUGAGCAUGAAAAAGUUCGUCGACGCGUGUGAGGCCCUGGAGCUCACCAGCCGUGUGGCUGUGCUCCCGAAAGACGCCUCCUGUGCGCACACCAUCCUGCCGUGA